AAACAGAGAGAUUUGUACUACGCGUCUACGCCCUGUAAUGGUUAAUUUUCCUUUUAGGAUUUGGCAAGGCUUUAGCACGGAGUACCGAGUCACCUCUCCGACAUAGUCUCAACGCCAUAUCUACUGCGCCUAUUCCGAAGAGAUAGAUCAAAGCCCGGCUGCAAAAGAAAAAAAAAGGUUAGAUGGAGGGAAAAAAACAAUUCACAAAUGGUUUGUAAAGAAGAAAUAACAAACCUCUUAAGAACAAAAACAUCAGUGAUCUUUCCACAUGAAGAAAAGCGGUUAGUCAAAUCACUCUUAACAACAUCUACAUGGAGCGAAGGGUCAUAUCCAGUAACAGAAAUGCCUCGGCUCCUGUAAUUCAAUAGUUAAUUUGUCAGCAAAUUACAAACAAACCCAAUGUAAAGAGAAAAAAAGCAUGAAUAUAAAAUUUUACUUUUUUCUUUGGAAAUGGGCAACAUGCCUAGCAGCCAACUCAGCAGUACUCAAACCAGAACUAAGCUUGCUGAGUUCUGGCGGUAAAACUGUAGCAGAUAAGAUCCAUCCUCCAUAUCGGUUCCAUCAAGUGCCAAUGCUUUUUCUUCUGCAGCUUCUCCGCGGAGAACAAAAACGGUAAAGCCGCCGCUAAUUGCAUUGCGAACUCUCGGAACUUGCACUUUUAAAAUUUAUCCACAUGACCCAGACAGCUUAGACAAUGAUCUAACGAGGUCAAGGGGCUGAAGCGACGACAUGUUGUACCCCUGAACCCCAAUCCUCACCCUAUCAUCAGAAAUAAAUAAUCAGAAUAAAUAAUCAAAAAUCAAAUGUUGACACAGGCAUAAGAAAGUUCACAAAAAAAAAAGAGUCUAAGAAAUUCCUUACUGGCUUUUGACAAAAUCGUAGAACGAUUUCAUCACUUGAACAUGGCUCUCACCAGGUAACUAAUAAAAUCGGUAUAGCUCCAGAAUCCAUAAGAACACCUGUGACACUGACUUUCGUGUAGAGGGUGCUAAAACUGAAUGAGUCACCAACAUCGGUAAAUAGGAGCUCAAUUUUGCAGUGAAAGAAAAAUAGGAAAAGAAGGAAAAAUAACUAAUCGUAAGAUGUUUUUUUGGCUAUUCAAACAAAGAAGGAUACGAGGGAAGUCAUAUAGCAAUAGGAAAGUGAAUCAAAUGAUCCAGAAGUGUCUAUUCGAAUCGGACAUGAGAUGAGUAUUCGCUAGGAUGAUUGAUAUGCACAAUCAAUGCACAGUAUUCUGUCACGGCAAUGUCUUAGCUAUUACAAUACUCAUUUCUUGCUAAAUUUUAAGAAUCACUUCUUUUAGAUCACUAGGAAUCACGAUAAUUGAGAAUGAUGACCGUCAUGCUUCUGUUGGAGCGGUGGAAGAUAAUGAAUGUUCUGCUCCUCAAACUCGCCCUGAUGGUUCUGAAGAGCAACCUGCUGAGGCUCUUACUCACCCAGAGGACCAACAAAACAUAGACCAACAGGAAGAAGAAGAAGUGAAAGACGAUAACGAGCUUGGUGAAACAGCAUGUGAGUUAGAAGUUCCAAAAGAAGGCGAUGGAGCUGCUGCUGAUGAAGUAAGUCUUGUAGUGAAUGACGAGAUCGGUCAAAUGCCAGCCGAGGACAAAGUCGAUCAUGUAGAGGGAAUAGAGGAUUUACAGGUGGAAGGAUACCAUGAUGGAGGUGUAGGCGGUGAAGAUGUUUGUGUUAUCGAAAUUACUGAAGGUGAUGUUGAUCACAACGCCAUUCUCAAUGAGACAGACUUGAAGGUUGAAGAUGAGCUUCCACAUGAUAAGAAGACGGAUGCAUCAGCUGAAGUCUGCGAGAUUGGUGUAGACAACCAGACUCAAUGUGAUAUCACAAUUGGCUAUAUUGAAAAUGGACACGUAGAAGCUGGUGAUUUGGCUUUGGAAAGUCUCAACGAACCAAUUGUGGAAGCAAAAUAUGAUGGGGUGAAUCCAGAGACAGAGCCUGAUAACAACUACGAACCGCAUAAUGAUGUGUUUAAUGAGGAGGCUACUAAUAUGCAAAGUGCACCAGAUGAAGAUCCUACUUCUCGCGAUGGUUUUAUGAGAGAUAACGACGAAAUGGAUACAAUGGAAGUGGCACAUGACACAGGAUUUUUGAAUGUGGAUGAUGAUGAAGAUCAUGAAGAAGACGAUGGUAUGCAAGAAGGUGAUGAAACUCGUCUUCUAGAGAACAGUGGUUGGUCUUCUCGUACCAGGGCUGUGGCGAAGUAUCUCCAGACAAUAUUUGAUAAAGAAGCUGAGAAUGGGAAGAGUGUUGUUGUAGCGGACAAACUUUUAGCUGGGAAAACCCGUAAAGAAGCAUCGAGAAUGUUUUUUGAAACCCUGGUUUUGAAAACAAGAGAUUAUAUCCAAGUUGAACAAGCUAAGCCAUAUGAAAGCAUCACCAUAAAACCGCGACCAAGACUCACCAAAUCCAUCUUCUAGACGGAGAGGAGUCUUAUAGUUGCAGAUAGGUAGAGUUUGGUCCAGCCAGAAAAUAUCAUCCUAAAUGAUUUUCAUUCUCUGAAGUUAUAUACAUUUUCCCUUUUACAAGGCAAUGUAGUAGCGAUAAUAGUGUCAGUGGUGUUGUAGCUAACCAUCCAAGUAGCUGGAGGUCAUUUAUUUUACCCUUAUAUAUAUAACUUGUAUGUAUGUAUAUAUUGGUGCCACCAUGAUCAUCACCAGUUUAUAUUUGAGAGAUGCUAAUUUUAUUUUC